AUGCUUCACUGCGUGACGGUUGGGAAAGGUUUAGAGGAUUUUGUGAUACAGCAGUUAAAAAUGUUUUCAGUGGGUAUCAGCAGUAACCGCUAUGGUAAGAUAGUCUUUGAGACGCAACGCAAUAGAUCAUUGUUGGAUUUGAAAUGUGUCGAACGAUUAUUUGCAGUUAUUGCUUACAAAACUAUUACAAGGCCCAACUUUAAUAAACGAGAUUUGUUUAAUCUCCUGUUUAUUUGUCUUAAUGGUGAGGCCAUCUUCUCUUCCCUUGAGAACCUGAACUAUUACUCUGAUGCGACAGGUGCAGAAGUAAACUGGCGUUUGCGCGUUUCUUUGAAAGUUACUGGAAAGUGGAAGAGGAAAAUUGACAUUCCAAAGCUGUCUACUACAAUUGCUCGUUUUUUGCGACGAUCAUCUCAACUCCAUCUUGAUCCACGGAAUUCGAAUUGCGAAAUUUGUGUGCACAUUUCUGACAGUGAUUUGUUCAUUGGAAUUCCUAUAAGAAGGUUGUCUUGUCGUUACUACCUACUGGGCAAUGCGCUUCGUUCCACUGUUGUUGACGCUAUGAUUAUGGUAGCUGAACCUCGUGAAAGUCAGCUGAUUUUUGACUUUACUACAGGUUCGUCAUCCGUGAUAUUGGAAACUGCUCAUCUUCUUAAAAACAAAUGUUUUUCAAUCGGUUCUGACAUCGAGUGGAAGGCACUUGAAACUUCUUUGGAAAACAGAGGCCAUUUGGAAGUUUCGGAUAAAAGCGCUUGCCUUAUUGACUUUAUCUGUGUUGAUAUUGAAUAUGGUGAUCAUUAUUUUUUUGUUAUUUUCAAUAAUUAUGCUUAA